AUGAACUUCUCAGGAAGCACACGACCACCUUUGCGCUCGGACCACAAGGCGACAACGGCUGCGACGACAUCGUCGGCAAUGUCAAGGACGUAUCUAUCUCUUCUCUUCACAUUCGUCACCCUCGCCUGUGCGGAUCAGCAAGUGCUAACACAAGAGCCCCGGAAUGGUGUUCUAAGAAGGUUCAACAUCGAAGCUGCGGUACCGCAAGUGCUGCAGGCUGCCCAGGAAUACGAUCUUGAUGUAUGGCAUGCGUCAAGAACCUUCGUGGACAUAUACUCGCCGCCCAACGAGCCAUUUUUGCCAAAGGAGCUCGCGGAUCUACCUCACACAACAACCUAUCUGCCGACGACGCCGAAGGCGAGCAUACGACCGGCCAACACCGAGUGGGACGUCUCUUCACUGGAGAACUCUACGUUUCAUGAGUCUUAUCACCCGCUGGGCGAGAUCGAGGCGUUCCUCGGACAGUUAACCGCCACAUACCCGAACACUGCCCGGAGGAUAAGCUUAGGAGAGAGCGCGCAGGGCAGGGAGAUACCUGCGUUAACUAUCUCGACGGGUGGCUAUGCGGAUGAGGAGGAGGACGGGAAGAAGAAAAAGAAAAAGAAACCGAGGAGGAAGAAGAAAUCGCCCAUAGGCCAGGACGGCGAGAAGCUAGGGUUCGUCAUACUCGGUGCUCAGCAUGCUCGCGAGUGGAUCGCAACAGCGACCUCUCUCUACCUCGCCCACGCUCUCACCGUCAACGCCUCAGAACCAGGUUCCUUAUCGACUCUUCUCAAGCACUUCGAUUUCCAUUUCGUUCCCGUGCCCAACCCUGAUGGGUACGACUACACCUGGGAGACGGAUCGCUAUUGGUACAAGAACCGCCAGGUGUUGGGCCCUUACACCAAAUGCCUCGGGCUGGACAUGAACCGGUUCGAAUUGGGCAAGUAUUUCGGCUACAAAUGGAAGCCGGACUCGCCCGAUUUGACGAAGAACGACACACAGAAGCCACGCGAACCCUCGAAUCCCUGCUCGCACUGGUACCCCGGUACGCGCCCCUUCGAGUCGUAUGAAGUCAACAACAUCGCCAACUGGGUCAACACCCUCCCGAACAUCGUCGCUUUCAUCGAUCUGAGAAGUUAUGGCCAGAUGCUCUCCUCGCCCUACUCAUAUACGUGCAAACGCUUGGCCAAGGAUGCCGAAGACCAGAUCGAAGCUGCCCUCGGAGCGUCGCAGGCUCUGAGAGCCGUGCAUGGCACUGAGUUCCAGACUGGCAGCCUCUGCUCAAUGCUAUAUCCCGCACCGGGAAAUAUCCUCGACUGGAUGUAUGCGCGUGAGGCAAUCAAGUACUCCUACGUUGCUCAUUUGCGCGACACCGGGACCUUUGGAUUUUCAUUACCGGAUAAGUGGAUACGCCCGACAGGCGAGGAGACGACGCGACUCGUAGACUAUCUCGCGCGAUUCAUCGCGAAGCAGGCCAAACGUCAAUUCUAG